AUGGACCCACCCCUCAUCCUACCGCCGAAUAUCGAUGACGUCCCUCCCCCGGGACUGGCCUUGGUGCUAGAGCUGGACAAGCCUCUCCUCGUGCAGCUACGCGAUGGCAGAAAACUAUUGGGAACACUACGCUCCUUCGAUCAGUAUGCCAACCUCGUACUAGAAGGCACAAAGGAGCGCAUCGUAGUGGGGAGCCAGUAUGCUGAAGUGGACAUGGGCCUGCACAUUGUCAGGGGGGAGAACGUCGUUCUCCUGGGCGACAUCGAUCCCUCCCUGGACCCUCCCCCCGGCCUCUCCCUGGUGCCUGAGGCAGAGAUUCGGAGGAUACAGAAAGCUGACAAGGAGGCAGAGCGAAUGAAGGGCACGUUCAGGACCCGAUUCGAUUUCCUCAUGGAGGACUGA